UUGAGGUUCGAUGAAUGGGAUGAGGGGAAGAAAAAGAAGACUUUCGAACCUCAUUUAUUCCAAGUAUCGGACGAAAGUGGCAAAUUGGUUGUUGAAGAAAUUGCUAACUUUACGCAGGAAAGUCUUGACGGUGACGACGUUAUGAUUCUCGACGCCCUCAACCAAAUUUACGUUUGGGUAGGAGCUGGAGCUAAUCCUAAGGAGAAAGAAGGAGCGCAGAAUACGGCUAAAAAAUACCUCAAACAAGGUGCUCUUCCACGUCACAAAAAUACAACAAUCGAAACAAUUUUUCAAGGAAAAGAGACUCCAACUUUCAAAAAGUUCUUUCCAAAAUGGGAUGACAAACUAUUCGAAACCGAUGCUCGAUCCGUUGAGAAAAUGAGAAAGCUUCUUUUCCAUUGA